GUUGGCUUAGCGGAGCGCUUUAGUUUCAUAUUAUCGCUUAACUAAGACGGGUUGAGCUCCGAGAAGCAGAGGCUAGCUAAAAUCAGCAAAGUGAAAUAGUACGAACAGUUUGAACCAAUUAGUGCAAAAUAUUUGAAAUUGUUUCGAAAAUAUAAUGCUAUUUCUGUUAUUGAGAGGUGAAAAGAAAAUGAACAAAACUAUUGAUCCUAUCAAGAUUUCUUCUUGCCGAAGCUUUGAAAUCUGUGAAUGAACAGAACAGUGACAGUCAAAAGCUGGAAAAGUUUUCGUCAAAUGUGAUCGCAGUAUUUCAAUCUUAGUGACUUCUACCAUAUACAAAGUGACGUAGAAAUGAAAUUGAUCAUAUUCAUCUGUCUGCUGGAACUGAUGGUGGCGCUGAUUGAGGCUUCUACAGAAAGGACAAGAUGCAAAGACGUAGCGUGUCCCGCGCCGGAAAUAUGUCCAGAAGAUAGCUAUUUGAAGCUCACGAAGCAUCAUUCAAAUCAUUUUCACCACCAUCUCAAUAGUAAUGUUAAGGACUCAACUCGAAAGAAACGUGCUCUCGCCUACGGCGGACGGCAGAGGGAAACAAUAAAAAUAAUUCCUGGAGCUUACGUUCAUCAUAAUCGUAAACGUAGUAUUACCAAUGAUGAAAUGCUUAUUCUACAGUGUUGUCCGCAAUACGAAUGCGCAUGCAUACCCAAUAAUUGUGACCAGGAAUGUCCAGCAAACAAAAUACCUGCAAACACUACCAAUCCCACCGAGCAGUUUGGAGUCCCUGGUAAUUGUUGCGUUCCCUGCAAGGAUAACUAUUGCAUACAUGAUAAGAAAUAUCGCAAGCAUGGUGACAGGUGGCUUUCUGACGACUGUACCGACUGUAAGUGUGAAUAUGGACUAGUAAGCUGUCAGACACCAUCAUGCAAGAUGCCGAACUGUCUGAACUAUAAGCAAAUUCCUGGCGAAUGCUGUCCUGUUUGCGAUGACGAUGGCAUGACCUUCUGUGCAGGUGUAGGGUACUGCAGUAUCCACUGUAAAUACGGCUAUCAACGACAGGGCGAUUGCGAUCUGUGUCAAUGCGCCAGACCACCAACCAAUGGAUCAAUACAUACAACAGUGGCAUAUCCUGAAGUCGAAUCAACUACCGGAAAAUCUACCGAAAGUGUUGCUGAUGUCGAGGACAUUGUUCGGAAAGGUCCUCAUCAAAAUAACUCUUACGGUUUUAUUAUAAACACAUUCUGGAUUUAUUUAAUGUCGUGUGUAUUUGCUCUAAUACUGAUUAUAGGGAUUAUUGGGUGGUACUGUUAUUGUCGAAAUAACGCCAAGUACGAUGCUGUACAAGUAUAGCAUUAGUGUUUCAAUAUCUGAAAUAAUCGAGCACCGUAAAGAUAGCAGGUGAUGUAUAGAACUAUCAUUUGACAAAUAUGUACACCUAUUUGAAUUAUUAUAUUUUGUGUUAUUACUGCAAUUGUUAUCUUUAUAGCUAUUGUUAGACAGAUAAUUCAAUAUUGAAAUUUGUAAAGUUUUCAAAGUCUGAAUAGUAUGCAAUGUAAAGAAAGUAAAAGUCUUCCGUAAUAAACGAACUGUACGAGGCUCCGGAAUCAGACGGUGCACGUAUACUUAAAAUCUAUGAUUAUAAAACUACACCCACGGUUAAAACAAAAUGAAAAUAUCAGUUGGAAAACUUUGUGAUAAAUUGUAAAUAAAUUUGUGUUCCAUGCAGUUACGUCGACUUCAUUUUACAAAUCGAAUUUUACCAAAUUUGAUAUAUUGUAGAGCUGAGUUAGGACACUUUAGUUAAAACUGUAGAGUAUUUUCACUGGUAAAAACACUAAUACAAAAAAGUUAAAUUUUAAAUUAAUGAUGCUAGACUGUUCCAAGAAAAAAGAAAAUGAAUUUAUUUAACUUAGUUGAUUUUCUGGAGAACAAAUUUUGAACAAUUAGUAGCACCUAUUGCUGUUGUUAUGAAAUUACCGCCGAUGGCCGUAUGCCUUUGAUUUUUAAUUACUAUUGUUUUUAGAACUAUUAUUUUAUCCUCGAAGUAGUUUUAUAUGAAAAUUGAAAGUAUUAUUUAUUAUAUAUUAUUGUUGAAAAUGUUUCUUGAACAUAAGAUAAGUUAUAUGAGAGGUCAAGACGGUAUAGAACGAUGAUGAUAUGGUGAUACAUAAAAUAAAUAAAAACGAAAAUAUAAUGCUUCCACAGAAUUCAAUAUUCCUCAUCAAAACAAAAUAUACUGCAACAAUCAUGUUGCCAUCGAACAUAGAGAAGAACAGUUGUGUCUGGUUUUGAAAAGAAAUAUCUCAUCGUCAUAUCUACUUUCUAUUAUUAUUCAACAAAUACAGAAAUGAAUCAAUAGCCUAUUACACCCAAUACUAUCAUCUGUAAUAAUAGCUGAAUGUAAUUUUUAACAUUAAGUGAGUGAUAAAUAAAUGAAAUAUCUCCUA